AUGGCCCGUUCGUUGCGGCACAAACAAUGGAGCGAAGAAGACAUCGAGCUAAUCUACCUCAACAGGCGACUCCGUGACUGCAAGAGCGGCGGCGGCGGCGGUUGUAACAUCAUCUGCGAAGGUUGCAUCGCCCAGAUCCUCGGCCUCUGGUACGCCUAUCAGAAAAGCCGCCUGCCCGCGUCCGAGGUUGUCAGGAUGUUGACCCCGGAGCGGUUGGCGGAGCUGAGGCACACACAUGCUGCCGAGAUGGCUGCCGUAGAGAGAGAGACUCUGGAAGCUAUGGGCGGUCACGACCCGCCGUCGCUUGAUAGUCAUCUCCUCCGGCUUUGGAUGGAGAUUUUGCCCAAUCACGACGAUGAGCGGAGUCUGCUCCGCGCAAAACUCAUGUUCGUUAUGAGGGGGAGCAAGUACGGACUCUACGACCUGGUUGAUGGGCCCGCUUUGAAGGAAUGGGUGCAGGCGAUGGAGCAGCUCCAGAAACGCCGCGUGCACGAACAGGAGCAGCUUGAGGCCUUGCAACGCAGGAGGAGUAAUAGGAGUGGAACUAGUGGCAGCAGUAGCAAUAGCAGAAGCAAAAAGACAUGGUCGUUCUGCCGCUGCCGGUACGAAGACAUGGCCUCGGCGACGGCGCGCGGCUUCUGGGUCUUUAUCAAACCGCGCCUCCACGUUUCCAUCGGCAACACGAUCGAGAGCCACUACUUUGCCAACAACAACGCGCACCCCGUCUGCGCAGCCGACGUCUACAUCACCAUGGCCUAUCCACCCCUGCAGGCGGACUUGGAGAAGAUGGCGAGGACCCACCGGGCCGAGCUGGCAGUGCGGGAUAGAUUGUCAAUGGAGAUGCGACUGGUCGAGGAGGCGUUCCGCGGGCUGGGCCGGAGUAACGGUUCUGGACCGAUCGUCGAGAGGAGUGCGACUGGCAGCGGGCGAGGUGGCACCACUACCCGUGACAAGACCUACAUGUCCGCAGAAGACGCCGAGAGGGAGGCUGUCCGGGUGGCGUAUGAGAGGGAAAGUUGUAGCAUGGGGCCGCUUGCUCAAUUAACUUUCAUCAAGGACCCCCCCGCCCACCAGGCGGCCCCCGACAUCACCAUGUCGGCUCUUGCCCGUGCUGCCGCAGCUCGGCAAUGUCUACUACCACCAUCAGCCUCCCUCCUCAUCUUCCCCACCCAGCACCGCCCACUACACAGCAGCAGCACAUCACACCCACCCCGGUCCCGGACCGCCUAUUCGCAGACGACCUCCAACCUGCUGAUUGGCGCCCACACCCGCGUCCUCUACCAGGGCUUCACGGGCCGGCAGGCCACCGCCAACGCCGCCGCCUCCAUCGCGUGGGGCACCAAGGUCGUCGGCGGCGUGUCCCCCGGCCGGUCCGGCACGCACCAGACGCUGGGCCUGCCGGUGUUUGGCAGCGUGCGCGAGGCGGCCGCGGCGCUGCGGCCCGACGCCACGGCCAUCUUUGUCGCGGCGGACCAGACGGCGGCGGCGAUCGAGGAGGCCGUCGAGGCAGAGGUCGGCCUGGUCGUCGCGGUCGCCGAGCACGUGCCGCUGCGGGACAUGCUCCGCGUGCACGACGUCCUGCGCACCCAGAGCAGGACCCGGCUGGUCGGCGCCAACUCGCCCGGGAUCGUGGCGCCGCGCGGCAGGUGCAGGGUCGGGUUCCAGCCGCUCGGCGUCUUUAGUCCCGGCAAGGUCGGCAUCGCGGCAAAGUCGGGCACGCUGAGCUACGAGGUCGCGGCCAGCACGACGAGGGCCGGCCUCGGGCAGAGCUUGUGCGUCGGCGUCGGCGGGGACGUGCUGGCCGGUACGGACAUGUGCGAGGCCCUGUCGGUGCUGCUGGUGGAUCAUGCAACCGAAGCUGUUGCCCUGGUCGGGGAGCUUGGUGGUGUGGGUGAGUUGGAGGCUGCUCGGCUGAUUGGGGAGUAUAGGAGGAGUGGUGGACAAAAACCUAUCGUGGCCUUGCUGGCAGGAUUAGGCGUGGAGAGCGAGAGAGUCAUUGGUCAUGCCGGCGCGUUCUGGGAAAGGAGCGAGGAGUUGGCGAGAACUAAGCAGAGGGCGCUGGAGGAAGUCGGCGUCAGUUUGGUGACGCACCCUUCAGAGAUGGGAGAGGUCAUCAAAAGACAACUUCGAGACAACUCGAAACAUGUGCCUGAAGAAGAUCAAAAGCUACGGAGCGAGUUUCUCUGGACAGGGUUUGAUGCUGGUAAAGGUGCCAUAGUUCAGGGGCAAAUUGACCCUGCCAUGGUCAAGGACAGGUUUGAAAAUAACCUGCAGAGGCAUGGUAUAUCAUAUCAAUGGGAUGCGUCGGCGUUGUGCUACAGAAUCACCAUCGAAGUUGAUCGAUCAGAUAGACGCCUCGUGAUCAUGGUCGAGAAGCCGGGCUUGCGCACAAGACCGGUUGGGGUCCGAAACAGCUCCGGCAAGGAUGACGACGGCGCUGUGGCUCUGCUCACCAAGGAGCUUGGAGACUUGAGGCCCAGCUCAAGUCAGAAAGGAGACUCCCUGGCACCUAUUCCGGCACAGGAUACCACACAACGGCUUGUGAGGGCCAUGACGGGAUUGAUGCACGAUCCUUUCUUGAACGCCUUUGGAAUCACGAUUCACAUCGACCAACAUGUCCUAAACAAUGACGGAAAGCUGUUGGUGCGUGGUUACAACCUAAAGCCGAUCCCCUUGGUGCCCGCUGCGCCCAACUCGAGAUGCCAGAUCAAGGACCCCGUCGAGGCCGAGGCGGCCACGCACGGGAUAACACACUUUUCCCUCCCGACGCAACCCCGCCAGAAGAGGUGCAUUGGAGUGCUGAGCAACGGCGCGGGCCUGGCCAUGAACAUGAUUGACGCGCUCCACGCCGAGCUGGGAAGGAGGAGAGUCGCGGGUCGGGUUGAAGGCGUGGAAGAGGAGGAGGUUGCUGUGGCCAACUUUCUGGACACUGGCGGCAAGGCGACGAGCGAAACCAUAAGCCGGUGCUUGGGCUGGAUCCUGCGAGACGAGCGGGUCAGGGUGGUUUUUGUCAACAUAUUCGGUGGCAUAAUCAGGGGCGAUGUCAUUGCCGAGGGGCUUAUCAUGGCAUUGAAGGAGAUGCGUGAAGAGGGAGCCGUGGGUCAAGGUGUUGGUAGAGCGACCGUGCCUCUGGUUGUGAGGAUCAGGGGCACGCGAGAGAAGGAAGGACAGGCCUUGCUUGCUGAGAGUGGACUGGAUGGGGUUCAUGUGUUUGAUGACUUUCACAAGGCGGCUGACAUGGCUGUCGAGUUGGCUACGUUGGCAAGAAUAGAGGACCCCAAGCUAUAAGCGUAGACGAGCGUGUGGUACUGGAGCACAAGAGACUUGUGCCCUGCCUAAUACUAAGAAAUAAAACAAGCUACAUCGUUGAUGGUCGAG